AAGGUUAUUCCUAACACUACAAAAAUGCUACAUUGAUUACACGUAUCAUUAUCACUAAGGAGGCAGGGGAGUAACUGAACAUCUGACGCAGAGAGUAGUCUCAGAGAGACGGAGAAACAACAGAAUGGGUAGCCAUGGUGGAGCUAACGCUAAGCUAGCGACCCAUUACCACUGCGGGGAAAACCAUGUGAAUCACGGGGAUCCCCUGACGUCAAGUGCAGCAACAGAAAAUAAUACGUGUUUUAACGUGUUUAUGUGUUAGAAUAAGUAAGAGAUGUCACAACAAAUAUAAAUCUGAUAAAACCGAGAGGGCCUUCACAACACACCAAACAGUCCACCGAGUGUAACAGUGAAAAACGGAAGUGACGCAACACGCCUUACCACGCCCUGCGUCGUAGCCAGAUAACAGGAGACAUGAUUGAACAGGAGCAAUUUAUAGUUUAAAUGCAAGUCAGGGAAAGAUGGACGAAGUUUGGAAUAAAGCACGCUGCUGUGGUGAUUUCAGGAACUGCGCUGGCUCGUCAGAUUCACAGAGAAAUUCAGCGUGAUGUGGAAGAGCUAGUUGCUCAUGACAACAUGAGACCCCACCUUGGCGUAAUCUUAGUCGGAGACGACCCGGCCAGUCAUACCUACGUUAAGAACAAGACCCGGGCAGCCACCAUCCUGGGUAUUUCCAGUGACACCGUGGUUCGGCCCAGCUCGGUGUCCCAGGAGGAGUUGCUGGAGCUGAUAGAUAAGAUGAAUCGUGACUGGAGGGUCAGUGGCCUCUUGGUGCAGCUGCCACUUCCAGAUCACAUCAACGAACGAGCUGUGUGUAAUGCCAUCGCUCCAGAGAAGGAUGUUGAUGGUUUCCAUAUUGUGAAUAUUGGAAAGCUGUGCCUGGAUCAAAGGUCUAUGGUACCUGCAACACCCGCAGCAGUCUGGGAGAUGAUCAAAAGAGCAGGAAUUGAAACCGUGGGAAAGAAUGUCCUGGUUGCUGGUCGCUCCAAAAAUGUUGGAAUGCCCAUUGCUAUGUUGCUGCAUACUGAUCGCAACCAUGAACGCCCUGGGGGUGAUGCCACAGUGACCAUCGCUCACAGAUGUACACCGAGGGAUCAGCUGAAAGAGCUAACGAUCCUGGCUGACAUCAUCAUUGCAGCAGCAGGUGUCCCUGCUCUGAUCACAGCAGACAUGGUGAAAGAGGGUGCAGCAGUGAUUGACGUUGGCAUAAAUCGCGUCCAGGACCGGAACACGGGGAAAGUCCGGCUCAUCGGGGAUGUGGACUUUGAGGGAGUGAAGGAGAAAGCUGGUUUCAUAACACCUGUUCCCGGAGGUGUGGGUCCAAUGACUGUUGCCAUGCUUAUGAAAAACACUGUGACUGCCGCCAGAAACGCACUAAUGCGUUAAAAACGGGAUACACUCUUGCAAUAACCUAAAUACAUUUCAAUACACACUCAAAUAUCAAUCCUUCUGCUGAACAUCCAACACACUUUUGUUUCAACAUGUAUGACCUCAAGAUUUCAUACCUGCCUGGAAUCCAACUUGAUAUGAACCUUGUUUAUAUCCUUAUUUAUAUUUUAUUUUAUUAAAUUAUUUCAGAUUUUGCUUUUUUACAUGUUAGAUUAAUAUUUUUUCUACUGCAGUGUUUUGUUUAAUUAAAUAUGCUUAAAAUUAACUGGAAAGAAGUCAAAAUAAAAGUGAGUUCAUGUCAGUGCAUCAGUGCCCAGGUUUAUUUUUUUAUAAUUAGUUUUUAAAUUCCAUAUACGUUUUAUUGCAUUUAUUGGAAACUUAUCUAAAUCUAGGCUUUAUUUGACUGAAACAGGAAUAAAAGUUUUAUAUUCUAGGUAAAAGAUUAUUUGUCAUGCAGAACCAGUGAAAAAAAUACAUCCUUAAAAAAUUCAGUUGUGAUAACAAUAACAGUGUGUAAAUAAAAAAAAGUGAGAAACGUUUUUAUAGCACAUUUUUUCAUAUACACAAGCAUUUGGAAGAUUGCACUACUGUUCUAAAUCAAAACAUGAAGAAAAAUGGAUUAAGUAUGUUCUCAAUGUACAUAGUUAGGAAAAAAGAACAUUUGGCCGUUAAAAAAAUAGUAACAUCUGCAUUUUCUUUAUAUACUUAAACAUUUGCUGUUUAAAGUGAAAAAAAGCUUGAAGAUUUAUCUACAUCCUAUGAAUCAGAGCCAAUAUUUAAUUUAAUAACCACAGUUUCUGUGAACUGCUACAAAUCCCACGUUCUAAUGAAGUCUACCUACUUCUGGUGCCUGUGAGCAGAUAUCCCAGCCCGUUAGACUACAUUCCAAAGUUCCUUUGCUUUUCUUAGUUUUGCCUAAGAAACAGCAUUGCUCCGGGGAAUCGGGCUGGCUACUCCCUAACUUUAAUCUUGUUGGUCUGGAAGCAAGAUACUGCUCUCUUUACCGAUGUGUGGUUGUUUUCUUGUUGAAAAACCCUUUUUUGAAAAACCCGUUUUCAACAAAACUAAAUUUCCUCUUCAGCAUAAGGCAGCAUGACUUUCAAGCAUAUUGAUGUUGUCAAACCUAAUCAUGAUCCCUGGUUUGCGAUAAAAACGUUCGACACGAGUAUGGAAAGUAUGUUCAUAUGAUGAUGCCUGAGCCACCAUGCUUGUACUGAGGGUUGAAUUGAAUGUUUGGGGAUCUUCUGACCAGCUGUCUACACCCCCUCUACCCAAAAACAACAAUAUUGUUAUCAUCACUGCUUCAUUUUUUUAUAGACCAGUCAGCGUGUUCUUUGACAAACUGUAACCUUUUCGAAAAUGUUUUUGUCUUUUACAAAAGGGUUUUCUACUUGUUAACAGCUUAGUUUCACAUCUUCUCAUUCUUCCAGUACUCACAGGUUACUGUAGACCAUGUUUGAUCUCCCUGGAGCUAAUAAUUGACUGAGUUCUUGCCAUUUUAGCAAUUCUUUGAUCCACUGGAAUGGUAUUUGACCUACUUCAACCACAUCUUUCUGGUUUCGGUUUCCAAGUUGAACAAUUUAAGAUCAUUUUAGCUGAGCUACCUGUCAUUUUGUUGACUGUUUUCUUCUCUCCAAACAACUUUGUAAGAAAAAUAUAAUGUUCUUUUGUACAAUGUCUAGGACAACCCAUCUUUUUCCAACUUUUAGACAGGAAAACACUAUAACCAGGAUGUUCAACAUAUACUGUCUUUCUCCUUAAAUAAAGGUCCCCUGAUUUUCAGAGAAUGACGGACCUCACUAAGUGAACUCCCCAUUGCUAUUGCUUUGAACAUUCUCCUUUCAACUAAUGAUUUAAUGGCACAGAAUAAGCAACAUGCAGCUCAUGAUUAUUGCUUCUGUACGUUUUAUAGUACUCUACACAUUAUGGUACAUGUGGACAUGUGAUUCCACCUCACUAAUUGAUCUUAUUAAUGAUGUUAGACGGCUAUUAUUUUGAAUACCACUGUAAAUGACUGUUAGAGGUGUUAAUUUGACUCUUUUCUGGACAUGUUAAAACAGGAUUACUAAUCAAAGAGUGCAUUAAAACUAAAAAGGAGUUAUAAGGAAACUGAAAAAAAUUCUGCUGCAAAUAUGACCCACCCUGGUUACUGUCGUUAAAUGGUUUCACAAUACUGGGAAAUUAAAACCAGUCUGGGAACUGUUUAGCUGUGAUUUACUGACUGUUUCUCUGAGGAGAAACAGUCAGGCCCAUGUUGUAAAACUUAAAGAUAGUUUAUGGAACACUUAACAUGGUCUAAACAAGACAUAUCUCCAGACACAUCUCCACACUGUUCAAAUGAGGUAUAAUAAAUAUCAUGAAUCUAUGAAAUUUGGUUACUUUGCUAAUUCUGGAUCAUACAGUGCCUUAACUGACUGCUGGGUUUGUAUUAAUGACAAAACUGAUCACUUUGUGCUUAGCAAGUGGUUCAUGUUGGUUUGGUGUACAUCUGCCCUUAUGCAUCCAGCUGCUUUAGAUGUAUCUUUAACCAGAUAAAAGACCCAUUAAGAUAAAGACCUCUUUCACAAGGGAGACCAGACCUGACCAAGAAACGCAGCAGCACAUCAUAGGGGACAAGACAGAACAAUGACAAACAUUAAAAAUAUGUGAAGUGUGAGCAAUUUGACAAAUAAAGUGCAGGAGUUCCUGCUACAGCAAUUUAAGAUUUAAAACACAGGCAUUGUUCAAUGGAUUUCCGUUGUUGGUUUUCUUAAGAGCGGAAGGCAUUCAGUAAAACAAGUUCUGACAGUUUCACCUCAGACUGAUAGGGCAUUCCAAGCAGAGGGGAUAGAUAAACUGAAAGCCUUAUUUCCCGUUUCGGCUCGAACACGAGGAGCAGAGAAAUAUAACAAGUUUUUUUUAUCAUAAGGCAUAACAGCUUUCAGGUUGUGCAUGAAUAAGUAGGAACUAAGCCAAUGA